AUGUCUUACCGUGGUGACAGCAGAGGCCGUGGCCGAGGUGGCCCUCCUGGCGGUCGUGGAGGAGGUUCUCCUAGUGGUCGUGGCAGCCCUGACUCAGGUAGAGGUCGUGGCGGACCACCUCGAGGUGGUUACCAGGGCGGUGGUGGACCUCCCAGAGGUGGGUUCCAAGGCGGCGGUCGAGGAGGUGGGCCUCGAGAACAGGGCGGGAUUUUCCAGGGUGGACCUGCCAAUGUGGAUGCCCGUUUAACUGAUAAUUCUCAAGACGCUCUCGUUGCCGCAUUUCGGAACCUCCAAUUGAAGCCCAAAGAGCUUCCUUUGAGACCAGGCUUUGGAACCUCCGGAAAGCCCAUUAAGCUUCGCGCUAAUUUCUUCCCUGUUAAGAUGCCUAAAGGGCCUCUCUAUGAAUAUGAUGUGUCCAUUUCUCCCAGUACUUCCAUCAAACGCGUGAAGAGGCGCAUUUUUCAAUUGGCAGAGCAAACACCCGCCUGGGCAGCCCAAGGCCUCAGGGGGUCGGUGGCCCAUGAUCACUCGGCGAAGCUCAUUUCUUCCAAGACCCUUCCUCAACCCCUUGCUAUUAGGGUCCCAUUUUACGACGAGGAUGAAUCCGGAGCGAAGCCCGGUGGAAAGGAAUACACCCUUACGUUCACUUUUACGCAAAACAUCGAUACUUCCGGUCUUGUUCAGUAUCUUCAGGGUGAUCCUCAAUACAGAGACUAUGACAUCAUGCCUAUUCUGUCAGCGUUGAAUCUUAUCUUAGCGGCAUUUCCAAAUCGUUCUAGCGGUUCUGGUGUUAUGGUUGGUAGGAACCGUUUCUUUUUCCCAACAGCUGCACAACCAUUCAACCUCGGCGGAGGCUUGGAAGCCUGGAAGGGCUUCUAUUCUUCUGUGCGCCCCGCCCACAACCAGUUGAUGGUUAACGUCAAUGCCUGCACUACUGCCUUUUAUACUCCUGGCAAUCUCGCGGAUGCCAUGACUGCAUUCCGGAAUGCAAGCUUUGGCGCAAGGCCAGCUGCCUUCGUCAAAGGUGUUCGAGUCAGAACAACUCAUCUCGGAUAUAAGAAAACAGUAAAGAGAUUGUCCAACAUGAACUCGAACCAACAUAAAUUCCCUGCAGAGGAGUUCGGUCGUGAGGUAACUGUCGCAGAAUACUUCAAACUGAAGUAUAAAAUUCAGCUACGGUACCCGGAAAUGCCACUCGUUGAUGUCGGCGGUCAAAAAGGCAAUUUCCUUCCUGCCGAAUUGUGCGAGAUUCUUCCGAAUCAGCCUUUCAAGGGCAAGUUGACCGACGAGCAUACCGCUGCCAUGAUCACCACAGCGGCUAAACCCCCUAAUAUCAAUGCUGCAGCCAUCGUGGGCCCCGGCCUUACUGAACUUGGUUUCAGGCCAGGUUCUUCUCCUGAGUUUAAUGCCUUUGGAAUCUCCAUUGGGAAUGAGAUGGCUGUUGUUCCUGGUCGUAUUCUCACCCCUCCUGGCAUCAAGUAUGGUCAAGGAACUCCUGCAGUCGACGAUCGAGCUAGCUGGAACCUCCGGAACGUCAAAUUUGCCAAAGGCGCAAGGUUGGAGCAAUGGGCUGUUUUGAUCAUUCAGGACGGCAACCGUCGUGACGAGUUUGCGUCUGCUAAUGACCCAGAGCUCACAAGCACGAUCCAAGGAUUUAUGAGUAUGUGUAAGACGAGCGGCAUGAGUGUCGACCAGAAGAUGCCGCUCAUCGUCAUCGCAGCGGUUCCGCCUAAGAAUCCAGCGGAUCCAACUCGAGCGGCGGCCAUCAAUGCCAUACAGAAUGCGUUGAAAACCCUGCCUGGCAAACCCAACAUGGUUAUGGUGUUGUUGUCGAGCGCGGAUAAACACAUAUAUUCUGGUAUCAAGCAUUUAUGUGACUGCACUUUGGACGUCCCCACGGUUUGCGUUCAUUCCGCCAAAAUUCGUAAAGAAAAGGGGCAGCUUCAGUACUUCGCCAAUGUCGCCUUGAAAUUCAAUAUGAAGUUGGGUGGUGUCAACCACGCGCUAGAUCCGAAGAGCAUGUCCUGGCUCAAGGAAGCCCCAACAAUGCUCGUCGGCAUUGAUGUAACGCAUCCCGGACCUGGUAGUGCCAAAGGGACCCCCUCUAUAGCUGCUGUUGUUGCGAGCUGCGAGCCUGAGUUUGCCCAAUAUCCUGCCAGCAUGGAAAUUCAGGAAUCGAAGAAAGAGAUGGUCACCAAUUUAGCCAAAAUGGUGUUCGAGCGGCUUACCUUGUUUAGAACCAGAAACAAGAUUUUGCCCAAGCGCAUCUUAGUUUACCGAGAUGGUGUUUCCGAAGGACAGUUCAACACCGUUGUUGAAGAAGAACUUCCUGCCAUAAGGUUUGCAUGUACCAAGUUCGACACAACACAGGGUCCCUAUCGUCCUUUGAUUACUGUUGUCAUCUGUGGUAAACGCCACCAUACUCGUUUCUACCCCACCGAAGAGGCGAAUGCAGACCAUAAUGGAAAUCCUCGUGCCGGGACUGUCGUCGACCGGGGUGUCACCUCUGUCUACAACUUCGAUUUCUUCCUCCAAGCGCACGGAGGAUUGCAGGGCACAACCCGCCCCACUCACUACUAUGUUGUCCACGACGACAUUGGGUUCCAUGCCGAUCAACUUCAGAUUUUGACCAACUCGGUCAGCUACCUGUUCGCGCGUGCCACCAAGGCAGUCAGCCUCGUUUCGCCCGCGUAUUACGCUGACCUUGCCUGCGAACGUGGAAGGUGCUACCUACACAAGCUUCUCCAAGGUGUCACUAGCAGUGCUGGAUCCUCAGCCAGCGGCGAGAACGAAGAAGCCGUCAUGCGAGAGGCACAGCAGCUCUGGCGAGGCGGCGUUGGCGCAAAGUUGAAGGAUACCAUGUUCUAUCUCUGA